AAAAAAAAUAUCUUGAGCAACUGUAGAGAGCGCCGUAAAGGUUCCAUGCGCCAGUUGUAUUUCCAGUCUCGACGUCAAGCCACGCACCAGCACCAGCACCAUGGCGGCCGAAGUUGUGCCACUAGAGCAAUUGAAGUUGCCUGCGGGCCCCUCGCCCGUCACGGCCGAGCAAAAGUACUGGAAGUCCUUUAAGAACCAGAAAUCGCACACGUCGACGGCGUCAUGGCCCGUCUCGCACAUCAGCUUCCCCGCCCCGACGGGCUCCUACACGUCGACCUCGUCGACGUCGGCGGUCAAGAACAACGACCUGUUCGCCGUCACCGCUGGUCCCCGUGUUGAUGUCUACAGCAUCCGCCGCCGCGAACCGCUCAAGACCAUCGGCCGCUUCGACGCCGCCGCCCGCUGCGGCGAGAUCCGCCCCGACGGCCGCGUCCUCCUGGCCGGCGACGACACGGGUCGCAUGCAGGUCUUCGACGUCGCCGGCUCCAGCCGCGCCGCCGUUUUGCGCACGUGGAACAUUCACAAACAGCCCGUCUGGGUCACGAAGUGGUCGCCGCGCCCCGCCGACCUGACGACGCUCAUGAGCUGCUCCGACGACAAGACGGUCCGCCUAUGGGACCUGCCCUCGGCUGACCCCGUCCGCACCUUUGUGGGCCACCAAGACUACGUGCGCAGCGGCGCCUUCAUGACCGGCCCUGCUGGUGCCGGCGGCGGCGGCAACAUCCUCGUCACCGGCUCCUACGACUCGACCGUCCGCCUGUGGGACGCCCGCGUGCCCGGCCCCGCCGUCCUGACCUUUGCCCACCAGGCCCCGAUCGAGGCCGUCCUGCCGCUACCCUCGGGCACCACCAUCCUCGCCGCUUCGGGCAACUCCAUCUCGGUGCUCGACGUCGUACACGCCCGCCCCAUCCGCACCCUCACAAACCAUCAAAAGACCGUGACAUCGCUCUGCCUGGCCAGCAAUGGCCGUCGGGUGCUCUCGGGAGGCCUGGACGGCCACGUCAAGAUAUACGAUGCUGAGUCGGGUAACUGGAACGUCUCGGCUAGCAUCAAGUACCCCUCGCCCGUCCUGUCGGUGGCGGUAGUGACUGCGGGCGCCGCCGCUUCCGACCGUCACCUCGCCGUCGGCAUGGCCUCGGGCCUGCUCAGCAUCCGCACCCGCCUCACGGGCGCCGCGGCCGACCGGGCCCGCGAGCUCGAGGCCGCCAGGACCGCGACAGACAUUGCAGACCUGCGCUCGGGCGACGCAGCCCGCGAGAAGAGGAAGCGGAACGCCGCGCACUCGCUCGCGCUAGACAAGGCCGGGCUGUCCGCCGACUUUGUCAUUGGCGACACGGCCGUGACGGCAAAGGGAGGCGCGGCAACGGGCGGGCGCAAACGGCGCAGCGCCAAGGAGCCCCGGUGGCAGCUGGACCUGCGGCAGCAGCGCUACCGGCAGGCGCUGGACCGGGUGCUGGACCCGGCGUCGCCCGAGGCCAGCCGGUCGGCGGUGCUGUCGUGCCUGACGGCGCUGCGGCACCGCAGUGCGCUGUCGCACGCGCUUGAGGGCCGCGACGAGGAGACGGUGCAGCCGGCGCUGCAGUGGGCGUGCCGGCACAUCGUAGACCCCCGCUACGUUUCGGUCUGCGUCGACGUCGGCCUGCACCUGCUCGACCAGUACGCCGAGUUCGCGGACCGGUCGCCCGAGCUCGAGAGGGGCUUCCGCAACCUGCGGAACCAGGUCGUGCGCGAGGUCGAGAGGGCCCAGAUGGCCUGUCAGACGGGCGGCAUGCUCGAGACGCUCCUGGUCAGCUCCGAGUCCUAGAACGACGCGGGCGCGCGGGGACGCGGAGCCAAACACAAGCCCAAGCCCAAGUCCUACCAUAGGUACGGGGCAUACGUCGGUGGUGUUUAGCAGAAGCCCUCUUGUGGGCGGAAUGUUUUGUAUUUGGUACCCCUUUCGUUCUAGAGGUUUAUACCCCAAUAUUCUUUUGGUCUUGUCUCAAUCCUCCCCGGUUUCCUAUUGUUUUUUUUUCUUUCUGUUUUGCAUUGCGUCGGCGUUGCGCACUGGGAACGGUUACAUAAAAGGUGCCAACUGAUAGCUCAACGUUAUAUUCUUAUUCACCCCUUUCUGAGUACGCCUCCUCUUCUCGCUUUUGAUAACGUAGUCUCUGAGGCUCCUGUCUGCCUAGCG